ACGCACACAUACACACACACACACACACACACACACACACACACACACACACACACACACACACACACACACACACACACACAUAUUUGCACAGGGUGAUACAGGAACAGAGAGAGAGAGAGAGAGAUUUGAGGGGGAAAAAAACUGGAAGUAAAAUAGAGGAGAAAACGAAGGACACAUUGCGGAUCUAAUAGUCCUGCAGAUUUGCUUCUGACAAACGAUUAACAUGGCGACUAAAAUGGUGACAUACCGGUGCCAGGAGGAGGAAAAGGCGCAGAUGUCUCAGAGCAUGGAGCUGUCCUCACAGAUCAAAAAGAAAACAUUUAAAUCAAGUGAUGAAGAGGCCUCCCUGUCUGAGUUCUAUCCCAUCAUCCCCGGUGACAUCAUGUCUGUCAAAGAGAUUCUGACGGAGCCAAAGUUCCCACGGCACAGGACAUGGGAGGUCCUGAGGGAAACCAUGGAUAAAGAUGAGCUGCAGGAGAGGGACCAAUGGACCAUGUUCGGUAAUGAGGCAGAAAAGGUGGAGAUCGAGGUGAUCAGGAACCAGCACAUGGUCCGGCAGCGCAUGGACCACAUGGUGCUGCGUAAAGAGGCAGAAAGGAAGAUUUCAACACACCUGAAGUUUCUGGAUGAUUUGAGCAUGAAGACUCCGGAUUUUUCGAUUCCUCUUCGUCCCCACACCGUCUGGGAGGGAAUGGCUGUCAAACUUUCCUGCACUGUCGAGGGUUGUCCAUCACCACAUGUCACCUGGUAUAAAGAUGGCAUUUCUCUGACAGGGUCCUCACAACCCUGGAACUACAAACUGCUACAGAAAUUUGGCCUCAACACUUUGGAGAUUCGAAGGUGUAGUGCUGCUGAUGCUGGAGAAUACAAAGUGGUGGCCAAAAGCUCCUUAGGCGAGGCAACAACCUACGCCACACUUAUAGUGAACUCGAGGCGAGGACUUGAGGCGGGAAUGAAACACACCCAGGCUGUGGUUUCUGUAACGGAGGACGAGGCUUCUUUCGACACCACCUUCCAUCCAUCUUUUAUCAAAGAAGGAGACACUCUGACUCUGAGCUGCCGUUUUACGUUCCCUCUCCUCCCCUUCCAGCAAGACAUUUCCUGGUUCAGAGACGGAGUUCCUCUCCGUGCAUCAACCCAGCUGGACAUUCACACGGCCUUACGCUCCUCCACCCUCAGCCUGAAGGGAACACACAAAGAGCACGAGGGUCUUUACAGUGUCCGCCUGCGCACCCGAGACGGCAUCACCGAACACAGCGCCUACGUUUAUGUCAAAGAUGGUCCUGCAGCAGUGCUCGGAGCUCCAGGUUCUCCACUCCUCCUCGAGUGCUCUGAUGUGAACAGAGAUUACGUCUUUCUCUCGUGGGAACCUCCCAGCGCCGAGGGAGCGAGUCCGGUGCAGGGCUACAUCAUCGAGAGGUGUGAAGUGAGCAUUGGGAAGUGGGAGCGCUGUAACGAGCUUGUUUCAAAGCUGUGUCAUUAUCCAGUUAUGGGUUUAAAGGAAAACACCGUGUACCAGUUCAGAGUGUGUGCAGUGAACCAGGCCGGCAUGGGACGUUCGUCUAAAGUCUCCAACCCGAUCGUCACCUCUGACCCCAUGGAGCCUAGCAGGACUAUGGUGGUCAAGGUGGAUAGAGGAAGAGAGAUCGUGAUCACUAAGGACCAGCUGGAAAGUCAGAUCCGAGUCCCUUUUUCCCCAACUGAUGUGCGUUUAUGUGAGUUAAGUGACACUUAUGUCGUGAUGUGCUGGACCGAGCCAGAUCCUCGGGGCAAAGAGCCACUCAGCUACUUUGUGGAGAGGACCCUAGCUGGUAAGGAGAGCUGGAGCUUGGCCAGCCUGGACAUGACGAUCAAUGCUACAAGGUUUGCAGCAUUUGACUUGCAGAAAGGGAUGACCUACUGUUUCCGUGUGCGCUCUGUGAACAAGUAUGGCGUUAGCGAACCUUCAGAGCCGAGCCAACCCAUCUCGCUAGGAGAAGCUCUCGGUGUCCCUGAAGCACCCUACUGUGUUCAAGCCAUUAAGGACACAGACAGGUCAAUCCUUCUAACAUGGAAAGAGCCCAAGAACACAGAGGGAGUUCUGGGAUAUUACCUGUACUGCAAUGAGCUGGGGAGCUCUGAGUGGAGAACCAUUAACAACAAACCAGUCACAGGCACCAGGUUCUCGGUGCAUGGCCUCAAGACCAAUAAGCAGUACGUGUUCAGAGUGAAAUCAGUUGGCCGAGCAGGAAACAGUCGCUACUCAGAGGCGUCCGAACCCAUCCUGGUACAGGCAGCUAAAUAUGCUCCAUCUUCCCCAUCUGCCAUUUCAAUACUUCACUGCACGGGCACUGAAAUGGUAAUAGGCUGGCGAGCUCCGGCAAAUAACGGUGGAGAUCCGGUGAAUGGUUACUUCCUGGAUCAGCAGAAAAAAUCCCAGGGCUUGUGGCACGAGGUCAACAUUAAGCCUGUUAAAGAGAGAGUGUACACGGUUCCUGGUCUUCAAGAAGGGUGUUAUUAUCAGUUCCGUGUCAUCGCAGCCAACAUGGUCGGAGUCAGCAAACCAUCUGGGCCUAGUGAAGCUUUUCUGUGUGAGAAGUGGACGAUGGCUGAACCUGGCUGUCCAUAUGACCUGGAGUUGAGAGAGGUGCGUCGGGAAUCUGUAGUUCUGUUGUGGGCGGAGCCUUUGUACCAAGGUCAGUCACAAAUCACUGGUUAUGUUGUGGAGAUCAGUGAGGGGGAGGAGUCAGAGGACUGGACCUCGGUGACCCAGGAACCAAUCACAGAGACUUACCUAAAGGUUUCUGGGCUGCAGGCAGGUCAGACAUAUCGUCUCCGUGUGUGUGCCAUCAACAGUGCUGGAGUGGGAAGACCUUCCAUCCCCACAGAUCCCAUCACAGCCCACACUGACCCAGCAACCAGAGACAUUGAGAUCGGGGUUGAUAAUGAUGGCUUCAUCUUCCUGAGCUUUGAAGCACCUGAGACCCAAGGCCAACUUCAGUUCGAUUGGAAGAAGAACUACAGACAAGCCAUCGAUGCAGGACGAGCACGUUUGGAGACCAAGGAAAAUAAAUCUGUUCUCACCUUCAGUGCAGCUGCAGAGGACGAUCUGGGCCUUUACAUUGCUGAAGCGAUAGACAGGCCUGACAUCUCCUCUAGCUUUAAUUUCACUGCUGAUGAUCUGGAGAAGCUUAUGGACUUGAGCUGGCACAUAAGGAACCCACUGAUUGCACUGCGCUCCGAGGGCUGGCAGGUGGACGUGUCGGAGCAGGGGAAAGUGAGACUGUGGCUACAGACGGAGCCCCUGUCCAACGCUGCAGAACUGCACAUGAUCCUCAAUGACCGAGAGAUCUCUUCAACACCGGCACGAAAGAUCAACUUUGACAAAGCAAACGGUCUGGUGGAGAUUCUGUUCGAAGAGCUGUCGAAGGAAGACGAGGGCUCGUACACGGCACAGCUUAAGGACGGAAGAGCCAAGAACCAGUUCACCCUCGUCCUUGUGGAUGAGAAGUUCAGGCAAACCCUGGCCAAGUCCCAGGCCAAGCGGCGGGACUGGAAGAGACGCUCAGGACCAUACUUUGAGGAGUUUUUGUCAUGGACUGUGACAGAAGACUGUGAGCUGAUUAUGAAAUGCAAGGUGACGAACAUGAACAAGGACACGAAGAUGAAGUGGUAUAAGGACGGUGUAGAGAUCACACAGGUGGUGUACGAGCCGUCUGGAGUGGGCACGUUCACAGUCCCUCAGGUGACUAAGAAGGAAGCCGGCGUGUACAGAGCCGUGGUGGCUGAUGCUAGAGGAGAGGAUGAGAGCAUUCUCGAGUUAACAGACAAAGAGUUUGAACAGUUGACGCGCCGCCUGAGCAGAAAUUGUGCUCUCUCUGCCAGUCCCAUGAGGAUCCAGUGCACGGCGGCCGGCUUUAAGCUCUACUGUUCUCUGAAGUACUAUCUAAGCUACAUGAAGACCAGCUGGCACUUCAAAGAAAGGAGGAUCGAUCAGGACGAGAAAACCAAACCUGGAAGCAGCAUGCAGAAACUCUGGAUCGAGAUCUUCAACCCCACCGAAAACGACAAAGGAAAAUACACCCUGGAGAUGUUUGAUGGGCAGGAAACACACAAACGCUCUCUGGAUUUGUCUGGACAAGCCUUUGCUGAUGCUCUGCUGGAACACCAGAGACUGAAGCAGGUUGAAAUUGCUGAGAAAAAUCGUGCCAAGGUCACAAAAGGAUUACCGGAUGUGGUGGCCAUCAUGGAAGACAAGUCUCUGUGUCUGACCUGUUUUGCUGAAGGUGAUCCCGCCCCAGAGAUGUUCUGGCUGAAGAACGACAGGGAGAUCGUCUCUGUAGGUCGCUUUAAUGUAAACAUAGACAACAAUUGCACGACUCUCACCAUCAACUCUGUCUGUAUGGAGGAUUCAGGCAACUACAGCAUGUUUGUACGCAAUACAUACGGCUCGCAGACGGUAAACGUGACCGUGAGCGUGUAUAAACACGGAGAGAAGCCACGGGCCGACGCGGUGAAGAUGUAGAGAGGGAGAGACAAGGAGGAUGCCAUGCUGCAGUAGUAUUAGAAAUCUUUACUGUUCAAAGUACAAAUUUGGAGUCGAAUGGAGAUGAUAAUGAAAUAGAUUUGGAUUUUUAACAAAUGGACCGGAUCACUGAUUAUAGCUGCUACAACAUAAGUGAUAAGAGGAAAUAAUUUGAUCUGCAGAUUUUAAAUGUGACUAUAAAAAGUAAAAUUAUUGAUAAAUCAAACAUAUUUAAUCCGGUUAACCCCGUGUUAGUCUCCUGACACUGUUGGUUUAGUAUUAACCUGAGUCCUGUGGUUACUUUACUAUAAUGUAAAGUUAGAAGUUGAUGCAUUUUGAUCAUGUUUGAGGAGUUUUUGUUUUUGUGUGAAUUAAAUGAGUCUGGUGUAUUUUUUGUCUUGUCAUUUAUUACAGGACAAGCCAUAAGACCUCUUUAUUAUACACUUCUAUGUUUUUGUGUUUUGUGUGAAUUAAAUGAGUCUGGUGUA